AUGAAAAUAGUUUUCUUUUGUUUUGGAACAAGAGGUGAUGUACAACCAUCAUGUAUUUUAGCAAGUGAAUUGAAAAAAAGAGGUCAUUAUUGUUUAAUUGUUGGUGAAAAUAGAAUAAAAUAUGUUGUUGAAAAAUUUGAAUUAGAUUUUAAUGCAAUUGAUGGUGAUAUUAUUGAUUUAUUAAAUGAUAAUCAAAAAGGAGAUAAAUCUAAAAUUUAUUCACCUCAAGAGUAUGGGAGUAGAUUCUUUGAAAAAAGAAUGGAAUUGGAUAAACAAAAUCUUGGAAGAUUAAACCAACUUUAUUUAUCAUCAAUUGGUAUGGAUUUAAUUAUUCAAUCAGCUGUAAUUCCAACAGAAGCUCAAUGUGUUAGAGAUAAAUUAGGUAUUCCAUUUAUUGCUUUAACAUUGGUCCCAAUUUUUCCAACCAAUGAAGCACCAUUCCUAUUAUUUGAUAUUAAAAACCUUCAUAUUCCAUUUAUUAAUAAAUUAACCCAUUCAUUAUUUAAUAAUAAAUUUGCAAAACUAGAAUGUAAAAGAGUUGAUCGUUGGAGAAAAGAAUUAGGAUUAGAUAGUUUAAAAUUUGAUUUUUUUGAUAAUAUUAGAAAUAAUGAAUCAUAUUGUAAACAAAUUGCAGCAUUUGAUAAAGUUUUAUUACCAAAUCAAAAAAUACCAAAUGAUUUUAAAAGUCAUUGGAAUGUAGUUGGUUUCUUUUUUCAAAAAGAAAUUAAUUUAAAAAAUAUUCCAAAAAAGUUAAUAAACUUUUUUAAAGAUAAUAAUAUUAAUGAAUAUACUGAUAAAGAAGAUUUACCAAUUGUAUUUGGUUUAGGCAGUAUGCCAAUUUCAAAUAAAUCAUUACAAGAUAAAAUAAUUUCAAUUUUAAAAUACACAAUUGAAAAAUUAGGUAAACAAACUAAAUGGAUAAUUUUAAAUAAUUGGAGUAAUUUUGAACCAAUUCAAAAUGAAUCAGCAAAUAUUUGUCAAUUAAACAAUGUUGAUCAUUUAUGGUUAUAUAAAUAUAGUUCAAUUUCAAUUACACAUGGAGGAGUUGGAUCAAUUGCAAGUAUUUUAAAAUCAGCAAUACCUUCAAUAAUUUUACCAUUAUAUUUUGAUCAACCUUUUUGGUCAAAACAUAUUAAUUCAAUUGGUGUUGGUAUUGGUUUAAAUGGUUUAAAAUUAAAACAAAAUCAAUUACUUGAUUCAAUUAUAAAAAUUAAAUCAAAUUAUCAACAAUUUAAAAAUCGUUGUAUUGAAAUAUCUUCAAAUCUUUCAAAUGAUUCCUUAGAAAAAGCAAUUAAAAUUAUUGAAAAUAAUUAA